AAAAAGAUGGAAAGCAUUUUUCUUUUUUCAACAUAGGCGGCAGAAAGUCAUCUUGUAUGGUUUGAAACGUAGAAGCAAUGGCACCUUUUAAACAACCCUCUCCUGCUUUCUUCACCUAUCCAUUGCUACCAUUAACGAAAGAGUCCCUCUGUAAUUCUAGACCGCAGGGCAGGUACAGGCAAUGGCUAUGAGUUAUUUGGAACUAACUUUCUUUCUCUCGUGCCUUAUCAUACAGCUUGUUCCUCUCACUGUUGCCCAGUCAGUUUUCCUUACACAAUAUUGCAUUUCAGAGAGAGGUAACUACACCAAUAACAGUACAUACCAGACAGACCUCAAUAGCCUCCUGACCUCCUUCUCAAACACCCAAGUUGAGUAUGGGUUUUACAAUUCCUCUGUUGGUGAGGUGAAUGGAAUCGGACUCUGUAGAGGGGAUCUCACUCCGGAUACAUGUCGUAGCUGUAUCAGUAACUCCAGCCAGGACCUUCGACGAUUAUGUCCCAACUACAAGGAGGCAGUCGUGUAUUACGAUCGAUGCACGUUACGAUACUCUAACCGCUCCAUAUUUGGCACAGUAGAUACUUCGUAUAGUUUAGCUCUAGCAAACACCCAAAAUGUUUCAGACAUCGACCUCUUCACACAGAAGCGGGACGACUUGUUGCUUGACCUCCGAGGAAACGCUGCGUCAGGUGGUCUUCUUAAAAAGUAUGCAACAGGCGAGACAUUGGCUGAUUUCAUAACCAUAUAUGCGCUUGUCCAGUGCACUCCUGAUUUAGAUGAUCAGGAAUGCAGUGACUGUGUAGCCGACCUUAGUAAAAGCUAUUCCGAUUUUUUAAAGUAUAAGCAAGGAGGGAGAGUUAUGGCACCAAGCUGUAACUUUAGGUUCGAGACCGCUCGGUUCUAUGAUACUCUCCCUGAUGCACCGCCGCCAUCUCCUGCUAAUUCUUCUCCUCCACCAAAUGAUGCCACUGCUGGAGACGGAAAAAGUAACAGAACGCGAACUGUAGUUAUCAUUGUUGUAGCAACUGUUGUUUCUGUGAUACUCAUCUCCUGCAUCUGCAUCUGCAUCUUUUUGAGAAUGGGAAAGCCAAAAGACAAAGAUGAAACUGAGGAUGAAAUUUUGGAAGUGGAAUCCUUGCAAUUCAACCUUGGUUCUAUUAGAAAUGCAACAGAUAACUUUUCUGAUUCUAAUAAGCUUGGACAAGGAGGAUUUGGAGCUGUUUACAAGGGUACACUUUCCAAUGGACAAGAUAUAGCUGUGAAAAGGUUGUCCAAGGGUUCUGGACAAGGAGAACUAGAAUUCAAAAAUGAGGUCUUGUUAGUAGCCAAGCUUCAACAUAGAAAUUUGGCUAGACUCCUAGGUUUCUGUUUAGAGGGAAUAGAAAGACUUCUCAUCUAUGAGUUCGUGCCUAAUGCAAGUCUUGAUCACUUUCUAUUUGAUCCUAUCAAGUGUUCACAAUUAUACUGGGAAAGGCGUUACAAAAUUAUAGUAGGCAUUGCUCGAGGACUUCUAUAUCUCCAUGAAGAUUCCCGACUUCGAAUUAUUCAUCGUGAUCUCAAAGCUAGUAACAUUUUGCUAGAUGAAGAAAUGAAUCCUAAAAUUUCAGAUUUUGGUAUGGCAAGGUUGUUUUCACUAGAUCAAACUCAAGGUGAUACGAAAAGGAUUGUUGGAACCUAUGGAUAUAUGGCUCCUGAGUAUGCAAUGCGUGGGAACUUCUCAGUUAAGUCCGAUGUCUAUAGUUUUGGUGUGUUGAUUUUGGAAAUUGUUAGCGGUCAAAAGAACACUAGUUUUGGUGAUGAGGAGAAUAUGGAAGGCCUUAUAAGCUUUGCAUGGAGAAGUUGGAGGGAGGGGUCAGCUUCAAAUUUGAUAGAUCCUUCAAUGAACUCCGGUUCAAGAAGUGGAAUUAUGAGAUGCAUACAUAUUGGGUUGUUAUGCGUUCAAGAAAAUGUAGCUGAUAGACCAACCAUGGCUUCAAUUGUUCUCAUGCUUAGUAGUUACUCUCUCACUCUCCCAUUACCUUCACAACCUGGUUUCUUCAUGCACAGUAGCACGAACCCAGAGACACCCUUGCUACAGGGAUCCGAUUCUGGGGUAAUCAAUGCUUCUAAUAAUGUUUCAGCACGCGUGUCCGUAAAUGAGACUUCGAUUACUGAGCUCCGCCCUCGUUACGCCAAAACAAAGCCAUGGAUGGAACUUUUCUUUUUUCAACGUAGGCGGCAGAAAGUCACCUCGUACGGUUUGAAAAGUAGAAGCAAUGGCAUCUUUGUAACAACCCUCUCCUGCCUUCUUCAGCUAUCCAUUGGUGCCAUUGAUGAAAGGGUACCUCUGCAAUUCUACAGACUGCACGGCAUUGAAAUACAAAAAGCCUCUGUAAGUGGAUUGAAGAACUCAUCCAUCUUACAAAUUAUGAAUUUAAUGGUUGGAAAGGUGACGAUAAUGGAUCCUCCAAGAUUGCUUCUCUUCCUUUAUCCCUUCCUCAUACUUCACCUUCUUGGUGUAACAGUCCUUGCUCAGAAAGACUUCCUUUACCACUUCUGCAUAGAUAGUGUUGGUAAUUACACCGAUAACAGCACCUACAAGGCAAACCUCAACACCCUCCUCUCCUCUCUCUCUUCAAACAACGAAAUAGAUUAUGGUUUUUACAAUUUCUCCUACGGCCAGAACUCCGACAAAGUUAACGCAAUCGCACUUUGCAGAGGAGACGUAAUGACAGACGCGUGCCGGAGUUGUGUCAAUAACUCCAGGAUUCAACUCACUCAGCUCUGUCCCAACCAGAAGGAGGCAAUAGGAUGGUACGAUGAAUGUAUGUUGCGAUACUCCAAUAACCCCAUAUUCGGAACAGCCCAAACUUCGCCCUCCUUUUACAUGUGGAACGUUGAAAACGCCUCCAAUGUGGAAGAUUUCAAUCAGGUUCUGGGAAACCUGAUGGCCAGCCUCCGAAGCAAAGCUGCGUCCGGAGAUUGGCGUCACAAGUUCGCAACUGGAGAAGCGAAUGUUUCGAGUUUCGUAACCAUAUAUGGGCUUAUGCAGUGCACUCCUGAUUUGCCCGAGUCGUCUUGCCGUGAUUGCUUAGAGGGGGCUACCAAUGAAAUUCCAAAAUGUUGUGAUAGCAAAAAAGGAGGGAGAGUUGUUAGACCCAGCUGUAAUUUGAGAUUUGAAACAAGCCGUUUCUACGAGUUUACUGCAGCUAACGCGCCCCCACCAGCAGCAACACCCCCACCUUCUCCUCCCUCAGCUGAUCUUGCUCCACCGCCUUUGGCUAAUACCACCUCUACACAAGGAAAGAAAAGCAACACCUCCCGGACAGUGGUCCUAAUUGUUGUUCCCUCAGUUGUUAUUUCUGUAAUGCUCAUCACCUUCAUCUGCUGCUUUUUUAAAAGGAGGCAAUCAAGGGAAAGCGUUAGCACUGAGGAUGAAAUUUUGAGCGUGGAAUCCUUGCAAUUCAACCUUGGUCCUAUUAGGAAUGCAACAAAUAACUUUUCUGAUUCUAAUAAGCUUGGACAAGGAGGAUUUGGAGCUGUUUACAAGGGUACACUUUCCAAUGGACAAGAUAUAGCUGUGAAAAGGUUGUCCAAGGGUUCUGGACAAGGAGAAUUAGAAUUCAAGAAUGAGGUUUUAUUAGUGGCCAAACUUCAACAUAGGAAUUUGGUUAGACUCCUAGGUUUCUGCUUAGAAGGAAUAGAAAGACUUCUCAUCUAUGAGUUUGUGCCUAAUGCAAGUCUCGAUCAUUUUCUAUUCGAUCCUAUUAAGCGUUCACAAUUACAUUGGAAAAUUCGUUACAAAAUUAUAGUUGGCAUUGCUCGAGGGCUUUUGUAUCUCCAUGAAGAUUCCCGACUUCGAAUUAUUCAUCGUGAUCUUAAAGCCAGUAACGUUUUGCUAGAUGAAGAAAUGAAUCCUAAAAUUGCAGAUUUUGGUAUGGCAAGGUUAUUUUCAUUGGAUCAAACUCAAGGUGAUACGAGUAGGAUUGUGGGAACCUAUGGAUAUAUGGCUCCAGAAUAUGCAAUGCAUGGAAAUUUCUCAGUUAAGUCAGACGUCUUUAGUUUUGGUGUGUUGGUUUUGGAAAUUAUCAGCGGUCAAAAGAACUUUUGUUUCCGCAAUGGGGAGAAUGUGGAAGACCUUAUAAGCUUUGCAUGGAGAAGUUGGAGGGAUGGGUCAGCUUCGAAUUUGAUAGAUCCUUCGGUGAGCUCUGGCUCAAGAAGUGAAAUUAUGAGAUGCAUGCAUAUUGGGUUGUUAUGUGUUCAAGAAAAUGUAGCUGACAGACCCACAAUGGCUUCAGUUGUUCUCAUGCUUAGUAGCUACUCUAUCACUCUCCCAUUACCUUCACAACCUCCGUUUUUUAUGCACAGUAGCAUGGACACAGAGGCACCCUUGCUGCAGGACUCUGAUUCUGGGGCAACUAGAUCUUCUGAUAAUGCUUUGUCCGUCAAUGAUGCUUCAAUUUCUGAGCUCCACCCUCGUUAGUAUUGUGGAGAUGCAGGUUAUAUAUGUUGAAAUGUAUCGUAUUGGUGUGGUGGCUCGAUGGGACGCAUAAAAUUAACUAUGAAAUGGGGGGAGAUGAGAGUGGGACAUGGGUGGGUGAAAUUUAGAAAUGUGAAUGGGCAUUUAGAUUUCUUAAAAACUUCUAUGGAAAGAGGCGAGAAGGAUAUUCGAUUGAUAAAGCCAAAGUCUUUAGAUUCCUGAAACUCCAUCGAUCCGACCUCGUGUUGGUGCAUGUAUGUGAAUGGGCAUGUCAGCUUUUGGUUCAGCAAAGGCGUGUCAAACUUGUCCACAUGUAUGUAAAUAACAACCAUUACCUACAGAUACGAAGUUCUCAAUGUUUCUCCUGUUGAAGUUUCUUGUAUUGCGGGGCAUUUGAACAGUAUUUAUUGGAGGGGUCCAUUCUUUCUGUUC